AUGUCUCUGCCUGUCAGGAAUUUAAAGUGUCUCUCGCCGGUCAUGUGCCAGUGUAAGGUCAUCUGCAGCAACCGGACGCUCUCUCUCAUGUUCGGGUGCAAGAAGUACAGGUACCAGGAUGAGGAGACGCCCCCCUUGGAGCACAGUCCAGCACAUCUGGCUCCAGGGAAAAGUGCCGAGAUGCUUCACAUGAGUGACAAGAACCUCGCUGCCAUGGAGGCCAUACAUGGCUACACACCACACACACAUAUCUCCCCUGUCAAGCCUGUGUUGAUGUCUACGGGACACACUCCAAUGUACACCUCUGCUGUUUCCACACUGGGAAAUACUCCUCCAGUGGUGGUGAACACCGACACACUCGAUGGCUCCCCAUAUGUGAAUGGCACAGAAGGGGAAAUCGAAUAUGAGGAGAUCACACUGGAGAGAGGUAACUCAGGCCUGGGCUUCAGCAUAGCAGGAGGAACAGACAACCCUCACGUGGGCGACGACCCCAGCAUCUUCAUCACCAAAAUCAUACCUGGAGGAGCUGCGGCUCAGGAUGGACGGCUGAGUGUGAAUGACUGCAUCCUAUUUGUGAAUGAUGUCGAUGUGAGAGAGGUGACACACAGCCAAGCUGUGGAGGCCCUUAAGGAGGCAGGUGCUAUCGUCCGCCUCUAUGUUCUCCGCAGAAAACCAGCAGCAGAGAAAGUCACCGAAAUCAAACUCAUCAAAGGGCCUAAAGGAUUAGGUUUCAGCAUUGCUGGAGGGGUGGGAAACCAGCACAUACCCGGAGAUAACAGCAUCUAUGUCACCAAAAUCAUCGAAGGCGGAGCAGCUCAUAAAGAUGGGCGUCUGCAGAUCGGAGACAAGAUCUUAGCGGUGAACAACGUGUGUCUUGAGGAUGUGAUGCACGAGGAUGCGGUGGGGGCUCUGAAGAACACAGCCGAGGUGGUGUACCUCAGGGUGGCCAAGCCCAACAACCUGUUCCUGACCAACUCCUACAACCCUCCGGACCUCACCAGCACAUAUUCCCAAAUGGACACUGAGCUCAGCCACCCCAACUAUCUUGGGUCAGACUACCCACAAGCUCUCACUCCCACCUCACCAAGUCGGUUUUCUCCCGUUCUGCAUGGCAUGAUGGGAGAUGAUGACAUCCCCAGGGACCCUCGCAGAGUUAUGAUCCACCGAGGCUCCACUGGUCUGGGAUUCAACAUUGUCGGAGGAGAGGACGGAGAGGGAAUCUUUAUCUCUUUCAUCCUGGCAGGAGGGCCAGCUGACCUCAGCGGAGAGCUGCACAAGGGCGAUCAGAUCCUCAGUGUGAAUGGCGUGGACCUGCGUAUGGCCACACACGAACAGGCAGCUGCAGCAUUGAAGAACGCUGGCCAGACGGUGACCAUCAUCGCUCAGUACAGACCCGAUGAGUACAGUCGUUUCGAGGCUAAGAUCCAUGACUUGAGGGAACAGCUCAUGAACAGCAGUAUGGGCUCUGGGACUACGACGCUAAGGAGCAACCCAAAGAGAGGCUUCUACAUCAGGGCUCUUUUUGACUACGACAAGACUGCGGACUGCGGCUUCCUCAGUCAGGCAUUAGGCUUCAAGUUUGGGGAUGUGCUGCACGUGUUGGACUGCGGAGACGAGGAGUGGUGGCAGGCCCGUAAGGUCAGCCCCCAGAACGAGGCUGAGGAGGUUGGCUUCAUCCCGAGCAAGCACAGGUCAGACUUUUCCCUGGUGGAAAGAAAAGAGUGGUCUCGUGUUAACACCAAAGAGAGGGACCAUGGCCGAGACAGCUUGGGCACUCAAGGGAGAGAUAAAACCUCACAUAGUUAUGAGACAGUCACCCAAGUGGAAGUUCAUUAUGCGAGGCCCAUCAUCAUCCUGGGUCCUGUGAAAGACAGGAUAAAUGAUGACCUGUUGUCUGAGUUUCCUGAUAAGUUUGGAUCUUGUGUCCCACACACCACGCGGCCCAAGAGGGAGUAUGAAGUGGACGGGCGGGACUAUCACUUUGUGUCGUCACGGGAACAGAUGGAGAAGGACAUCCAGAGCCAUCGGUUCAUCGAGGCGGGCCAGUACAACAGUCACCUGUAUGGCACCAGUGUCCAGAGUGUCCGUGAGGUGGCUGAGCAGCAAGGGAAACACUGCAUCCUGGAUGUAUCAGCCAACGCUGUGCGCAGACUACAAGCAGCUCAGCUUCAUCCCAUCGCCAUCUUUGUCCGGCCCAAAUCACUGGAGAAUGUCCUAGAGAUCAACACUCGCCUGACGGAGGAACAGGCCAGGAAAGGAAUGGACCGAGCCCUCAAACUAGAACAAGACUUCAUAGAGUGUUUCUCGGCUGUCGUGGAAGGGGACAGCUUUGAAGAGGUCUAUCACAAAGUAAAGACAGUGAUCGAGGAGCAAUCAGGGCCUUACAUCUGGAUCCCCACCCGGGAGAGGCUGUGA